AUGCUCCUGCACCUCCUCCACCCCUCGCCGAAGCCCGAGGCCUCUCCUUCCCACCCUGCAGCUCCCGGCGAGCCCCGAGGCCGCUCCCGCAGCUCCCGGGUGCCCAUCCCGGGCUGCGGCGGGCGGGGGGCGGUCGCUGUGGCAACGUGCGUGCGGCGCAGGGGCGGGAGGGGAUGCUCGGCGCGGGGAUGGCUCCCGGCGGACCGGCAGCGCAGCCUGCGGCGGGCCAUGGGCUCCCCUGAAGCAGCGCUCACGCAGCCGCCCCCGCACGCCGCCCAGGCGCGGUUAUCGGGGCCGGGGCUGCCGGGGGGUGAUAGGCUCCCCCGCCCGCCCGCGCCCCGCUCUCGGAUGCGCCGCAGCCCCGGCAGCGCCAGUCGGGGGCCGAGCGAGCGCAGGGCAUCCCCCCGCGGCCGGAGGGAUGCGGUGUCCCCGGCCUUAGCUCGUCCCCACACCCGGCUGGGGGAAGGGCGGAGGGCCCCCACCCCCCGCGGCACCACAGCGCUCGCAGCGCCCCCCGGGACCCCCCUGUGCCCCUUCCCCGGGGGCAUCGCCACGGGCACGGCGGAUGCCGAGGGAGGAGGCCGGGGCAGCCCAGCCCUGCCCUGCCCCACCUGA